AUGAAAUUUAAUAAUAAAGAAUUUUGGUAUUAUUUCAAAUGCUUAAUUGAUAUUGCUUUAUCAGCGAUAAUUUAUAGUUAUUCAAAAGAUUCUUCUAUAGUAACUAUCAAUACAUUAACAAUAUAAUUGUUGGGUAUAAUAUUAUCACCUUGUAUAGCAAAGAAAUUUGGGAUUAAAAAAAGAAAAUAAAUAUAAAUUGUAAUGUUGUUUGCUCAAUUGAUUCAAAUAUUUUAUUGUUGUUUCUAUUUUGAGGAAAUCUUGAGAUAUGGUUAUCUACUAAUUAAAUUUUAUGAGAAACAAUUAAUAGAUAUUUUAUAGACGCAAAUUAGUUAUAUAAUUAUUAUCGCAUUGAAUGCCUUUUAAUUAUUUUUGAUGAUAUCUUAGAAUGAAUUAGGAGUUACAUAUUUUUCAGUAGGUUAUGUAACUAUAUUAAUCUUUAAAGAAAAACAAAAGGUUUUAAGAAAGUUAGAGAAAAUAAAGUUAGAAAAGAUUUCAAAAAGAGAGAUUAAAUAAACUAAAAAUUAGACUAGAUAAUCAAUGUUAAUUAAUCAAAUAAGUGAUUCACUUAGUUUAAAAUGGAUGAAUAAAUUAUAUAAUUUUCCUGUAGGGAUUGUAAUAGUUAAGAAGUAAAAUUUGGAAAUAAUAUUUGAAAAUGAUUAAUUACUAUAAAUUUUUGAAGCUGAGGAUGAUAUUGGUAAAUUUAUAUUAGAAAAUGUGGAAUGUACAAUAGUGUAAAAGAAAAACAAUUAUUUUAUAGACUAAUCUAGUAUAGGAAUAGAAAAGAAUGGAAUGUUAUAAAUUUCAGGAUCUUUUAAUGUUACAUAAUAAUAAACAUAAAAUAAGACUUUUACAAUAAAAUAAAUUUUAAAUUUAUUAAAUUUGGGUAGAUUAGAGAAAUUGAAAACAAAAGAUGAUUAAUUAGAAUUAUCUGCAACAUUUUGUAAAGGUAAUGAUGCAUUUUUUGAAGAGAGAAAUUUGUUAUUUAAGAUUUCAUCCACAUAAGAUGAAAAUGAAUAUUUAAUAAUUAUUUAGGAUAUAACAUUAUAAAAUAAUUUUAAAAAGAUUGAAACAAAAGAAUAAUUUAUAGUAAAGAUGAUAGAUUCAUUUUCACAUGAAUUAAGAACACCAUUAAAUAGUGCAGAAUUAUUUCUUUAGGGAUUAAGUUAGGCAAAUGAAUUACCUAUUUAAUUAAAAGAGAAUUUUAUAGAUCCAGCUAAAAAUUCAUUAAGUUUAUAAGCAUAUAUAAUAAGAGAUAUAAUAGAUUUUACAUAAUUUAAUCAGAAGAUAAUUAAAUAUGAUUUUUCAGAUUUUAAAUUUGUAGAUAUUAUUUAAGAAAUAAAUGAUUUAUUUAAAUUGAGUUUUUAACAUAAAAAAAUUGGUUUACAUGUGAAUGCAUAAAGAUCAAUUCCAACAGUGAUAAAAUCUGAUUAUAAUAGAAUUAUGUAAAUAUUAGUGAACAUUUUAUCAAAUUCAGUUAAAUUUAGUUCUAAAGGUUUAGUUGAAGUAAUUAUAUAAGGUUUUGAUGGUUAUGUAUUGUUUAGCAUAUAAGAUUAAGGUUAAGGAAUAGAGGCAUAAAUGUUAUCGAAAAUAUAAUAAACUUUAUAGGAUUUUGCAUUGAAUAGGAAUAUAUCUUAAUAACAUGAAUGGUAAGGUUUAGGACUAUUAGUAAGUUAAAUGAAUUUAAUAACUUUGGCUCCUUAAAAUAAAUCUUAUCUUUAAAUUACUUCUAAAGGUGUAAAUUAAGGUGUUUAAGUUAAGUUUAGAAUUAAAACUCAAACAUAAAUUUUUACAUAACAAUUUGGUAAGCAUAAAACCUUUAAAAGAGGAUCUCAAUAUUCAUAUAAUACAGUACCUGAAUUAAGUGAAGGAUUAUAAGGUAAAUAUAUAAUAGAUUAUAGGAUUAUUAAUCAUAACUAAUCCUGAACCUAUAAAUUCCUCAUUUAAAAAUAUACCCAUAAAAGAACUUCCAUCAGUAGCUAAUUAUUUUGGAAAACCUUAGAGUCACUUUUUGGAAAAUUAAAAUUAAGUAGAAACUGAUCUAUAAAUUUAAGGUAUAAAAUCAUAAUAUAUUAAUUUAUAGAUUCUGAUAGAUUUGGUUUAACUCAUCAACUUAUAUAAAUAUAAUCGAAUUUCAAUCCAAAGUUUUUGAAUUCUAAAUAUAGACAAAAUUCACUUGUUUAAAGAAUGUAAUAAAGAAAUGAUGAUUAAACUUAAUUAUAAUCAAACUUUAGCAAAAUUAAAUUAAAAUGUUAAUGUUAAAAAGCUUUAUCUGUUGAUGAUGAUUCUUUUAAUCAAAAGGCUCUUCAAUUGAUUCUUGGAUAAAUGGGAUUUCAAAUCUAACUUGCAUAUAAUGGUUAAUAAGCAAUAGAAAUUGUUAAAUAAACUUAAAAAUGUAAUGAAGAUUGUAAAAUGUAUAUUUUCAUUUUAAUGGAUUGUUAAAUGCCUAUUUUAGAUGGAUGGUAAACAACUAAGAGAUUAAGAAAUAUGAUGAGUAGAAAAAUUAUUCCAUCAAUUCCUAUUAUAGGAUUAACAGCUUUUAAUGGUUAAUAUGAAAUAGAAAAAUGUUAUGAAAGUGGAAUGUAAACAGUUUUAACAAAACCAUUAAAAAUUGAUGAUCUAAAACAAGCAUUGAUUCGCAUUUAUAAGUUUGUUUUAUGA